ACAACACCUAAUGAUUUCCGACCGGAAACCAGUUCCUGUGGGAAGGGACCGGGCAACUUUGGCAAGGCUCCCAAACAGCUCCUCCUCUCCCUCCCUUCCACCGCCUUAAGGUCCACAGGGCUCAGCGGAACCAAAAUGCGAGGAGCUGCGCGGGCAGGGGACGCAGAAGUGGGAGCGGAGCCAGAGGAGAUAUGAGCACCACUAAGGACGUGACCUGCAGGUAUUUUAUGCAAGGCGUAUGCCGUGAAGGAAGUAGAUGCCUAUUUUCACAUGACUUGUCUACAAGUAAACCAUCUACUAUCUGCAAAUUCUACCAGAAAGGACAAUGUGCCUAUGGAACUCGCUGCAGAUAUGAUCACAUUAGACCUUCUGCAUCAGGUGCCAUAGUGGGGACUAGGACACUUUAUGCUUCUGCACCACAAUGCCAAAGCCUUAACUCUCAGCCAGAGCAAAAUAUACCUAUAAUCAAAAGUAAAGUACAUGAGCCUGGAAAACGUGAAAAGAAAACACUAGUGCUCAAGGACAGAGAUUUAUGUGGAUCAAAUGAGGAAAGGACAAGAUCCAGCACUGUGAGUGAUUCAGCAUGUUUCAGUGUUCAAACUGACACUCCAGAAGCAAAGCCACAUUCGUAUUUGGAAGCUAUCCGCAGUGGGCUUGCAGAAGAUGAUGCUGAACCUGGAAGUUCAUACACUAAUGGUGAACAGUUAUGUCCCUAUGCAGCAGCUGGCAUGUGCCAGUUUGGUGACCGAUGUCUCUACCUCCAUGGGCAAGUGUGUGAAAUCUGUGGCUCGCAAGUACUUCAUCCCUUUGACCCAGAACAGAGAAAGAUGCAUGAAAAGAUGUGCAUGGCUACAUUUGAACAUGAGAUGGAGAAGGCCUUUGCCUUCCAGGCAAGCCAGGACAAGGUAUGCAGUAUCUGCAUGGAAGUGGUGUAUGACAAACCAUCAGCAUCCGAAAGAAGAUUUGGAAUCCUUUCCAACUGCAAUCACACAUACUGUUUGUCCUGCAUCCGACAGUGGAGAGGUGUCAAGCAGUUUGAGAAUCCAAUCAUAAAGUCCUGUCCAGAAUGCCGUGUGAUAUCAGAGUUCGUAAUUCCUAGUAUGUAUUGGGUAGAAGAUCAGACCAAAAAGAAUGAGCUGAUUGAAGCAUUUAAGGAGGGAGUGGGAAGGAAGGCCUGCAAGUAUUUUGAGCAGGGAAAGGGGACCUGUCCAUUUGGGGGAAAGUGUCUAUACCUGCAUGCCUACCCAGAUGGGAGAAAGGCUGAACCGGAGAAGCCACGGAAACAGCUUAGCUCUGAGGGAACUGUUCGGUUCCUCAAUUCUGUUCGCCUCUGGGAUUUUAUUGAAGACCGUGAAAAUAGAACACUGCCAGUUGCUGACAAUGACGUAACAGAGAUGGGAGAGCUUUUUAUGCAUCUUUCAGGAGCGGAUGCUGAAUCUGCUGCUCCUCCCUGAAACACCCCAAGAUCUCCACAAUGUACUCUUCUAUAUUAGUCCUUCUGUUCCUUCAAUAACUUUGUACUGUACCAUUUUAGAAUUACUGUGCCAUGGAGACUGAAGUCCUGGUGAAAUUCUAGUAUGAGCCUGUCACUGUAGAGUAAAACAACUGAAGCAUAAUAAAAUGAGUGCUUUUAUUAUGUA